UACAGCGAGUUCACAGUCCUCCGCCAUUGCUGCACUGACGAGAAUGUCUCCCAAGCGUUUUAGGUGUUCUGUAGCUGGAUGGAUUAAUACACAUAGCUCUCUUCAUUUACUCCCUAAAUCUGAGCUGCUGAAGACGAGGUGGAUUAACUUGGUUUUCCAGGAAAAUUCUCCCUCAGUUCUGUCGAAAUUCGUUUAUGUCUGCGCUAAUCAUUUCACUUAGUGAACGAAUAUCAAUACAAAGUGACGACACAAAACAGAACCUGUGCUAAAAUGUGCUACUCAAGGAGGAUAUACAAGUAAAAACUGUUGGUGAUCCAGCUUACAGUCUCCAGAGUGAUACUAUACGGCAGUAAUGAAGAUUACCUUGGAUAUAAUGAAAUUUCUGGAUUCAUUUUCUUUCAAUUUAGGAAUAUUUGAUGUAUUUUCCAGAUGAAGACAGAUGAAGUUUGUCUAUCAAGCCUGAAAACUGUCAUAAAAUAACUUCAUAAAGAUGCCUGGCCAACGCAAAAGUGUAAAAAAAAAAACGUAUUCUCUCAACUUUGUCUUUUUGUCCUCCUAUUUCCCUCCCUCUCUUUCUCGUUCCCUCCCUCUCUCUGAGUAACCAUGUGCUUUUCGUGUCAGUAGACACAUUUAACCCUCUCCUCAGAUGCACACUGCUGUCUCUUUUUCUCUUUCUUUUCAUUGACUUCUCCUGCUCCCACUCCUUCAGUGGUGUUCUUUAUGUGUUCAUUCUCUGCAGCUUUUUUCUUCUUUAUGGGACUAGAAACUCUCCUGUAGAAGAAUUUAUGUAACCACAAAAGGACAGAGACCUUAAACACACAUAAACACAUCCUACAACAAAGUUUUGAACAGCGGGACCAACUUCAAAAGUCUGAGGAUUACUGGGAGAAAAGAAGGAGCGUCAGGUUGAAAGAGCGGGACCAUGCCAGGCUGUCAGAUCCAGAUUGGGUUUGUGCCGGUUGUGCUGGUCUAUUUCUUUCUGCUGUUGGCAUCUGGUUCAGGGAAUGCACGCAUGAUCAGGAAGAGGGGACUCAACCAAAAGGACUACGAGUACCCCAACCAUCCCCAGACCACUCAGCACCAGAAGAAUGACCGUUGUCCUCCGCCGCCCCAGAUGCUGCCCGAGCGGGCCUGUGAGGUGUCGGGUUGCCGGUCUGAUUCUGAGUGUGAGAGACACAAACGGUGCUGUUACAACGGCUGCAUCUACGCCUGCCUGGAGUCAGUACAACCUCCACCUGUGCUGGACUGGUUGGUGCAGCCCAAGCCGCGGUGGUUAGGAGGGAAUGGCUGGCUGUUAGAUGGACCAGAGGAGGUUCUGCAGGCUGAGGCCUGCAGCACCACCGAGGAUGGAGAUGAGCCUUUACUCUGUCCAACUGGUUACGAGUGCCACAUCAUCAACCCAGGAAACCCCUCCGCUGGAAUCCCAAACCGAGGCCAGUGCAUUAAACAGCGUGGAAACUCAGAUGGACGUAGCCUGAGACACAAGUCCAAAGAUUAUUUUUCCAAGGAUUUUUUAGGUAACCCCAACAAUGCAGUGAGCUAUGAGAAACAACAACACAAGCACUUGGGCUGAGACAGGUGACUGAAUGUGGGUUCCAUUUUAGAGGACUGUAGUAACCAGUAACCACUGACCCUUAUUCCUGAACCCCACCCUUCCAAUCCAAUGUAACUGGACAAGCCUUUCUCUUCAGCUUAAACCAGAGAUCGGCUCAUAUCUGGUGCUAUUUUUCUUGGGUGCUUAAUGUGGAGACAGAAAUGGAAAGCUAAAAUUUCCUACCUCUUACAAAAGCCAAAAAACAGACUACAGAAAGUAUCAAAGGGCUUAUACAAUAAUAUCUAAUGUCUUAUAUGCAUACUUUGGGUAAAAAGCACAUUCCCUCAGAAUUAACUGUAUUUAAGAGUUUUAAGAAUGAUACUUUGUGUGUUUUUUAUGCUGCUGAGUCUGAACUCUUGUUUUGUUUUUUUCUAUUUUCUUCCAAUUGAUACACCAAAAACAGCUGGUUAAUAUAUGUUAACUUCUCAGUUACUAUAAACUCUUAGGGGGAAAUAAUUCAGUAGGUUGAAUCAAUUUUAAAGAACUAGGGUGCUAUAAAAGGAAACAUUUACCUAAUGAUUGCCUAACACUUUCAUGUUUAACAGGUUAUUUCAGUUUUUUUUUUUUUUUUUUUUUUUAUUGAUAUAGUAUAUUUACGAGCUGUUUAAUAAUUAAUUAAUAAUUCUAAUCAUAUAAUUAAAGAAUUAAAACCAAAUGAAUUAACUCAAACCAAAACCAUAAAAUUAUCCCAUAAUAGGAACCCCCCUUAUGGGUUCUAUAUGAAGUGCCUGACAGAACCCUUUAAGGUUCUAUAUAGAACCAUUUCUUCUAAGAGUGAUGUGGCUCUAAUGGUACAGAAAUACUCCACAAAAAUCAUACCACACAAUUAUUUAAAAAAUAUAUAUAUAUUUCUUCCUUUACCUUUUUUUUUUCUUCUUCAAAAUAUUAUGUUUAGGUGAUUGCCUCAACAGCUCACCAUAACCAAGCAACAGUUAAAUUCCAGCUUUGCUCCAUCACUGCAAAAUAUUUGUUUUUCAUAUGGUGCUUGAACUGUGGUUGUUGUUGUUGUUUACUGAGCCUGUGACUGAUUGUGCAGAUCUGUGUUUUCUCCACUAUUCUCUGAUAAGCUAUACAAGUCUGACAAGUGGGACAAACCACAAUACAGCCUUCAAUAAAUCAAAACAUUUGAAACUGGUGCUGCAUACUGCUUUGUUAUUCCAAAUAAAACAGUUGACAAAA